CACACUUCCGGUGAGGGGCCCCCUCUAGGCGUCAGAGAGCUGCGCGCGCAGCUGGACGCGGUGAGUCAGUCGGAGCCGGAGCCGUAGCGGGAAGAGAAAUGGCGGAGAACGACAGCUGGGAGACGGAGGACUUUCAGCCAGAAGAGCCGAUUCGAAAAGCUGGUGCAGUGACGUCAACAGACCGAUGGGAGGGUGAAGAUGAGGAGGAGGAAGUCAAGGAUAAUUGGGAUGAUGAGGAAGACGCAGAAAAUAAGACCAGGCCCCAGCAAGAAGUAGAAACCAAACCUUCAGAAAAGAAGAAACUGAAUGAAAAAAUUAAAGAAAAAGAAAGGAUUCUGAAAAAGAAACAAGAGGAACUUAAAAAAAGGAUAGAAGAGCCCGAACCUGUAGAAUUGUCACCGGAGGAGCAACAAGCAGAGAAACUGCGAUUGUUGAAACUGCAAGAGGAUUCUGACCUGGAGCUGGCAAAAGAAGCUUUCGUUGUAGACAAUGUUACAGGGUUAGAUGUCAUGAAUCCGUCCUCGCGAGAAGACUUCACGGAAUUUGGAAAGUUGUUGAAGGAGAAGAUCACGCAGUAUGAGAAAUCGCUCUAUUACCCAACCUUUCUAGAAGAACUAUUGCGAGAUAUUUGCAUCUCAUUGGAAGUAGAGGACUUGAAGAAAAUUUCAACUUCGCUAACAGUUCUGUGCAGUGAGAAACAGAAACAAGAAAAGCAAAAUAAAGCCAAGAAGAAGAAGAAAGGUGUGGUUCCGGGAGGAGGGCUCAAGGCCAACAUGAAGAGUGAUCUGGCUGAUUAUGGCGGCGUAGAUGAUGGAUAUCGAGAGUUUGAAGAUUUUAUGUGACAAUCGCUUAAUAUCCUCAGCUCUGACCGAAAGCAUCCUCUCCCCUCUUCAGGACUCUGCCAAAUGCUACAAUGGAAGAAUUCAGCCCCUUCACUCAGCCUGAAAAUGUGGUUGGGUGAAUCUGGAUACUACAGGGUUAAUAAGACCCACCUCACACCAUGCAUACUUGCUCGUGCACUCUAUAUUCUGGCCUGUGAUCUCGUCUGCUCUGAUUGCGGCAUGCAUGUCUAGCGUUGCCAUGUUGCAAACAGUGGCCUUUGCUUCCUUCCCUCUGCCCUCCCCACAUACAAG